ACGUAUGUGGAAAUGUGUGUUCACAAUCUUACAGAAAUAAAACCUUAUAAGACAAUGGGAUUAGUAUGAAUAGAGUAUUAGUGAUUUAUUUACAAAUGUACUUCUCUUCUUUUUUCUUAUCAAACAAGGACCAGUUGAUAACAAACACUUGAAGUGGAUCAACGUGUUAACCUAUUAACCUAUUAUUUCGUUUAAGAAUCAAGGAUCAUUUAUUAAUUUAAAGAUUUAACAAUGCCGUUUGAAUAUACAGAAAAAGAAAGUCAGCGUUUAAAAAAUCUAAGAGCCGGUUUAAUUGAUUUUAUUGCUGGAUCAUUUGGUGGGGUAGCGCUUGUAUUUGUUGGACAACCAUUAGAUACUGUUAAGGUAAAAAUGCAAACAUUCCCUUCGUUGUAUAGGGGAAUGGUAAAUUGUUUUCUACAAACAUUUAAAACGGAUGGAGUAAUGCGUGGUUUAUAUGCAGGAACAGUGCCUGCAAUUGUUGCUAACGUCGCUGAGAAUUCAGUACUCUUUGCAGCGUAUGGAGGGUGUCAAAAAGCUAUUUCUAAUUUAUUAGGUGUAAAAAAAGUAGAGGAUCUAACUUCCAUUCAGAAUGCCUGGGCUGGAUUUUUUGCUGCCUUUUUUUCUUCGCUAACAUUGUGCCCAACAGAGCUAAUAAAAUGUAAACUACAAGCUAUGAGAGAAAUCCAAAGUGAAAUGGCAAUGUCAAUGGCUACAGUUAGGAAACAAAUUGGGCCAUGGCAAUUGACGAACCAAAUCAUUAAAGAACAAGGGAUAAAAGGUCUAUUUACUGGUUUAUCGUCGACUAUAGCGCGCGAAAUGCCUGGAUAUUUCUUUUUUUUUGGAGGUUAUGAAAUCACGAGGGAACUUUUGGCAAAGCCAAAUCAAAGUAGAGAUGAUAUCGGAUGGCAGAAAACAAUGGUAGCUGGUGCUGUGGGUGGUACUGUUUUAUGGUUUGUAAUAUUUCCAGCAGAUGUAAUUAAAAGUAGAAUACAGGUAAAAAAUUUAAAAACGCCAGCAUUGGCGGUCAUGAAAGAUAUUGUCAGGAACGAAGGCGUCGGUUCUUUGUACAAUGGUUUAAAACCAACACUAAUUAGGACAAUACCAGCGACGGCAACAUUAUUCGUAACUUACGAAUACACUAAGAAAUUUAUGAAUAACUAUUUUGAAAAAUAUUGACGAAAGAAACUAUAUUUAUUAAUUUGUAUUAUAUGAAAUGAAAAAAGUGUGUUUACUUGAAAAGUUACAUACAUACAAUCAUUUCCAUCACAUCAACGUACAUUUUUCACGUCGUUGUAAAUAAUAUAAGAAAUUAUAAUAAACUUAUUCAGUAUUCAAGAAUAAUUAUGGGAAUAUUUAGUAAUUUAGCGAUCAUUUCAU